AUGUCAAAGCAAAUUUAUUUAUUUAAAAAAGCCGUGAGAGACAGAUUGGAAGACAAUACAUUUUUGACAUUAUGGGACUGUCUAGAGUCCUGGACUCAAAAUGAUUGGAUGACAAUCUUCUUUAUAAUUUUCCUAGGAAUUAUUUUUGAGAUCAUACUUGUAAAAAUUUGUACAUCCUUUCGGAAAAAGCUUGCAUUUCCAGAAAAGGGUAGUUCAGAUGCCCAGGAGAAUGAAGACAGUUCUCUGACAAGCAUGACAUUUGAUAACUGGUCGAUUCAUUCAUCUUCAGAAGAAAGAGAUGAUGACUUUUCAGAAAGAACAAUUACUUCAUCAGUUACAUCUAAUGAAAAUGAAUGUGAUAUUGAAAAAAGAGUUUUACCAGCAGAUGAAAUAAUCUGGGCAGGUACCAGUGAAAGCAAAUAUCAAGUACGUUACUUUAGUGGAAGUCAUAUGGCAUCUUCAGAUGGGACAAGCUCAUCUUUGUCACUGUUUCAUUCAGAAAUAAAAAAAGUUUUUCUAAGCCACAGAGGGAAUCCAGAAAAUGAACAUAAAACAUUACAAUUUUCGUCAAAGAAACUAUUUUCAAUAAUGAAAACCAACAAAAGUAAAAGUUUAGUGCUUUCCUCUGACUUUCACUUUUCAAGAACUUCUGGAAUCCCUAUAGAAAGUGAAAAUCUAGAUGUGGCACCAUGUCCUCCUGCCCAUUUAUUUCUUUCUAGAGACCAAGUCAGACAUCUGGAAGAAAAUGUAAGAAAUCAAAUUCCCUUAAAAUCCAGUGCUACAUUGGAGAGUGAAACUGCUCUGUAUUCAAGAUCUCAAGACUUUUUGACUCAGAGUCAACAUUUUGUUAGAAUGGAUAUUUCUGCCCAAGGACAAGAUUCUUUUUCAGGACAAAGGGCUAUUCAGAAUCAAGUUUUUUAUGAAGCUCAAUUUACUAGUCAAGCCCAACAAUUUGUUAAUAACCAAGACUCAAUCAACAGUCAGCCUGAUGUUGAGUCCAGGUGCUUUGCUCCACCUCAAGAUUUGAUGAGGAAACCAUCUUCCAGCAGUACCCAAGACUCCUUCGAGACCCAAGAUAUGGAGAGGAGCCAACAUUUGCUCAAAGUCCCAUAUUCUCUUGAAACUCAAGAUUCAAUCAAGGGCCUAGAAUCUGAUAAACCCUUAGAUGAGACCCAAUAUGCUAUUUGGUCUGAAGAUACAAACAAGAUUAAAUAUUCAAUGCAGGGGCAAAAUACCACUUUUAAUAAUGCUAGAUUUCUAGUUUUAACUCCACGUCCAAAUUCAGUUGCUAAAGGGAAGCCACACGUAAAGAGUGUAAAGCCAAAGAGCCAGAAACAAAUUCUUUCAUCAAAAUUAAGCCACUAUUCUGUAUGUGGCUUAGUACCUUUUUUACCCGCCAUUAAAAGGCAGAAAACCAGAAGAAAAAUAUUACGUAGUAAAAGUAAAUUUUAUCUCAAAGUUUCAUCUCAAAAGUCAAAGAAAACAACAACUUCGCGGGUAUUUCAAGUCACCUUAUGUCACACUUCAAAACGUAGCAAGUUAGGAUGCGAGUAUACCACUAAGAAGAAAGAAUUACAUAAAAGAAAAGGUAUAUCAGAUAAAGCUUUGCAUCUUAUUUAUGUUCCUCCUUAUAUUAAGAAGUACUCCAGAAAAAAACUAAUAAAAGUCCUGCCAGGUUUAACAGGAUGUAGAAAUUUUCUGCUGAAGCCAAAUAAGUCACCAACUGCAGAGAAAGUCAGUUUUGCAGAGUCUAUUGAGAAAAGAGGAACCUUGGGCAACAGUAAAAAUGUAAAGCAGUAUAGCAGAGACAAUAAAGGACUAAAAAACAUUUCACCAAAUGUUUCACCUCAGCUAGAACAGUCUUUCAUGGUCAGUACUCAUCAACUAAAAUCACCUUGUUCUUUAUUAAUAGAAACAAACUGGAAGAAUAAAGAGUCUCUUAAAGACCCAAUUACACAGGCAAAGAAAACUGGUAUUGCAGAGUUUGAUGCCCCAAAUAGUAAAAAAACAUCUGACCUGCAUAUUCCAAAGUAUGAGACAUCUUUAGAAGAAGCUAUAUCAGAACUUUUGCAGAAAUUUGUUUCCUCUCCUAAAAUGAAAUUGAACAGAAGAAUGAAAACACAGGAGGACUUAAAAAGAACAGAAAAUUCCCAUCUUCCACUUUCAAAUGGAGAAAAGUUACCAACUAGUACACCAGAAACGCAAAAGUGCUUAACAAAGGGAAACACACAAAAACAAAAAAAUUUUCUGGAAAUUGUUCUGGAAUCUUCAGACAUCAAUUUGCUCAUUUCACUAGGAACUAAAAAACAUAAAAGCAAUGAACAGCUAGCAGAUAUAAAAAUUAAAGGAAGUACAGAAGAUGUAAUUCUGAAGGAAAAGAAACCAUUAAAACUGACUGUUACAGAAUGUGAUAACCUAAAUGAAAGUGAGAAACUGGAAUGCAACACUAGAAGCAACAUGAAAAAUAUGCACAAUAAAAGAAUAUCUGAUGCAUUUUGUAAUGCCACUAACACUGCCAUUUCUGAGUCGCCUGAUAUAGAGAUGCACAGUGAAUUGAAAGCCAAAACGGGUACAUCAAGGAUAAUAGGGCUUAGUCGUUCAGUGGUAAAGCAAGAAAAAUUAUCAGAUAGAAAGAUAAUAUGGAAUGCAAAAUAUAUUGAGAAGAGAUGUAUGUUUAAAAAGGCACAAGAACGUGACAGAGAGGAAGAGGAACAAACUCUACAAGAAGCAAUUCCAAAGCUAGAGAGCUAUGCUGGGUUUUCAUCUCUAAAGUCAGGGGAAGCAAAAAUUGAUGAAAUCCUAUUUUCUGUAAGAGAAUGUGAUACCCCAUGUGAUGCAAACCAUCAGAAGGAACAGGCUGGUGGUAUUGAAAAGAAAGAGACUUUUGAUUGCUGUAUGCCUGCUUUUUCCACAUCCAGAAGAAAGAGAAACUUCAAACAACAUUCAGACAUGAAAACUUUAGUGAAUCCCAAAUGUGGAAUUUUAAAAGCAAAGAAACCAUCCAUUUCAUACAUACUUAAUAUCAAGGGUAGUUCUAUUCCAAAACACAGAAAAGUAUUGAGAUUUAACUUGACAACCAAAAUGAAAGAGAGAGAUCAAGGUAAAAAAAUGGCAAAUAAAAUGUACUCCUUCAUGACUAUUAAACCUGACAUUAAUAGGUAUAGCAAGAUAGAAAGAGAAGAAGACAUGUUAGGAGAAAAAGGAUUUAGUUCUGAGCAAGUAAAGCAAGUGAUAGCAUCACUUGAAGAGAAUAUUGCUUCAGAUAACACCAAAGAAACCAAUCUUCAAGGUGAAGAGGAAGAAGAAAGUGAAGAGGAGACGUUAUUAAAAAUAGUUCCACAGUACAGCCAACAUUUCAUAUUCCGUUCAGGCCAGAAUAGGGAGUUUGACCUUCAAAAAUCAGAAAACAAAAGAGGUAGGAAAAUUCUGUUCGUUACAGAACAAGACGUCCCACAACAAAUGCAACCUACAGAUCCAGUGGAUGUAGAGAAGCCAAAGAAUGGCCACCAGACACAAAGGGGCACAAUGUGUACAGCGAGUUCAAAGCUAUGUCUUCCAAAGUCAAAGGAAUCACUAAGUGGUCAAGUUUUCAUGGAUACAAUUAAAUGUGAUGUUCCAAGUGAUGGAAGCCAUACAGAGGAACUGUAUAGUUAUCGUAAAGAGUUAAAGACACUUGAGUUCAAAAAAGAUCAACAAGCAGCUGUCUUGGAGUCUCUGGCAUUCUCCACACCUGAUCCGUCUAAAUCUAAAAGGCAGAGAAAGACAUGUACAUGUACAGCCUUAAAAAGUAAAAUGAGUUCCAAACGUGUUAUUAUGAAAGCAAGGAAGACACCAAUUUCACAGAUAUUUAAUAUCCCGGGGAAUGGUUGUCUAAAAAAACUACCUUCAAAGACCCUGAAAUCACAGAUUAUUGACUUUUUAAUUCAUAUAAAAUACUUUGCAGUACUGGAAGAUUUUAUUGCAGAGAGAAAGGACGGAUUAGUGCAAGAAUUACCAGCAACGAUUCUGGAGUCUUUGGAUUUAUCCACACUUGCUUUACCUACAUCAAAGAGAAACAAUUUAAAACUUAUACACAAGAAAAAUAAAAUGAGUCCCAAAUGUGUAACUUUGAAGGCAAAGAAGGCACCAUUUUCCCAGACAUUUAAUAUCACAAAAUGUACACCAAGCCAUAGAAGGCAGUUCAAAUGCAACUUUAAAACCAUGAUGAAACUAGGUAAACCUGUGGCACAUAUAAUCCUAAAUGCCAUUUUCUCUGCCAUGCCUAUUUCUCUUGACAUGAAGGUGCAUAAGAGAAUAAAAGUAGAGACAGACGUGCCACGGAAAAUGAGAUUCAGGCAUGAACUGCAACAGCAAGAGCGAUCACCAGAUGGAGAGAGAGCCUCGUGUGCCAGUUCGAGUGAUAAGAGGGGCAGUACCUCAAAUAGCACGAAGGAAGUCAAAGAACAAGGUAGAGAAGCAGCCCUUUGGAAUUCUCAGCACUUCAGUUUCAAUGCUCAUGAGAGGAAGGAGCCUUACUUUGUGAAAUCACAUCUAGAACUGAAGAAUUCAGCAAGGAAAAGAAUCCCAGAAUCACUUACUAUUGCUCAGGAGCUGCAGCAACGAACACUUUUCACACAAAGUGUUUUACAUUCUGUUUCUUGCUCUAUUUUGAAUUCGCUUCCAUCUGAGAAGCUACCAAAAAGAACAAAAACACAAAAAGGAUUAAAAGAUACAGGGAGUCCAAAGAUUCUGUCUCCAAUGCCAGGGAAAUCGAUUAGUGAAUCUUUAAUUGUUACAGCACAGAGUGGCAUCCCAACUGAAAAAAGCCCUAAGAAGGAACUUGCAAGUUCUAUUCUAGAGAGAAAGAUAAGGUUACCAAAGGAUUUACAAGCGAGAACCGUAGAGUCUUUUGAUUUCUCCAUGCCAGCUUCAUCUUAUUUUAAAGGACAGAGAAAUGCAGCACAAAUCCCUAAGUCUAGAACUGGGAAAGCACAGAUGGCAUCAGUUUUAAAGACAGUUAAUAUGACUAGGUCUGGUGCCCUUAGCCAUGGACAGGAACAGGAACACAUCUUGGAAAACGUGGUCAAAGAAAUAUCUCUAGGUAUGUCAAAUAUACUUAUAAAUACUUUUCUUUCAUCUGCACCUGUUUCACCUGCCAUCAAAAGAUAUAAUAAAGUAAAAGCAAAGAAAGGGCUAUUAAGAAAAAAAAGCGAUAUUACACAGCUAAAACAAGAUGAAGGGAAAAGACUAUAUACAUAUACCUCUCAUAAAUGCAGUACCUCAAGCAACACAUCAGAAUCAAGGAGGCAAAAUGAAAAAGAAGAGGGCAGUGAAAUUUUAUUUGAAUCAGGUCUACAAUUCCUGAAUAAUGUAAGAAGUAGAAAAGAUCAAAAUAUGCUUAUUACAGAGCAAGAAGUACAGCAACAAGCAGUGGUUUCAGAAAAUAUAUUAGAGUCGAUUUGUUCUCCACUGAUUCCAUUUCAAACUGAAAAGCCGAAUAAGACUAUUUCACCACAAAAAGACAUACUACAUAGAAUAGAUGAAAAGAUUCCACAUCCAAAAGCAACGUCUGACCAUCUUUUAAUUGAUGAAACAGAGUACAGUACUAUAUCUGAUGAGAGCCCUACAAAGAAGCUGGAUGUUCACAGUGCAGUUUCCAUACAACCUGAAAAAGAAAAGAAAGACAUAAAAACUCAGAAAGUAACACAAUACACAGUUGAUCAAAAUAUUCCACCUACCAAGUCAGGGAACUCAGUACUUGGAGAUCUACCUAAUAAAAGCUCUAGAAGGAAAACGGGUGGUUGUAUUGCCAAAAAACAUGAAGAAUUGCAAAAAGAGUUACCAACAACAUCCACGACAUCUGUUUUUUCUGAGUCUAAAAGGCAAAAGAAGAUAUUAAAAUUUCCAGAAAGGAAAAACCUUACAGGUCCCAUAAAUGCAACCAUGAAGGCAAACAAGCCUUUUUGUUCACAGCUGCUUAAUAACACUGAGCAUGGUAAUCUAUGCUGUAGAAUGGAACAGGAAGCCAACUUAAAAUCUGCAGGAAAAGACAUGCAACAAGAUAAAAAUAUAGCUAACGCAUUUUCAUCUCCCAUACCUGUUUCAACUAAUAACAAAAUAGAUACUGAAAUGUAUAACACAGAGAUGGAUCAACCAAGAGUAAAAAUACACAACUAUACCUAUCUAGAGCUAGAAAAAUCACCAUGUUACAGGGAAGCACAGAAGGCCAAUUCGACUGAUACACAAAACAGAUCAAGCAACACAACGAAAAUGAAUGCGCAGCAUGAACAAGAAGAGAAAAAUAUCCAAAAAAUAUUAGAAUCAAUUCCACACUACAGCCAACAUUUCAGUUUCAGUGCCCAUCAUAUGAAAUAUCCUGGCCCUUGCAAAUCAAAAUCUGAACUGAAUAGUUCAGAAGUCAAAAGGACUUGUAAUUUGUCUCAUACGGUGCAAAAGAUGAGGCAAGAAAAACACUUGAGAGAACCUGUUUUGGAGCCUGUUUCUAGAAACGAGAUGAAUUUUAUUCAAGUUGAAACAGUGAAAAAAAGUCCUCAUACUCAUGAAGGAAUAAAAGGUGUGGUAGAUCUGAAGACUUCAUUUCCAAAAGCAGGGAAGUCAGAGACUGGUUCGAUACAAUGUGACACUCUCUGUGUUGGAAAUCACAGGAUGAAGAGAGAUAGUCCUGUUUCUGAGAAAAAGGCAUGGAAUAAAAAUGACUUGGUAACAACAUUCUUAAAACCUUUAGAUUUUUCUAGCAUUGUUUCAUCUGAACCCAAAAGCCAGAGCCACAUGUUAGAGUUUGUAGGCAAGAAAAGUAUGAGUCCCAAGCAUGUAACUUUAAAAGCAAAGAAACUACCAAUUUCAUACUUGCUUAAUAUCAAAAGGUGUCUUACAGGAAUCCAUAAAAAGAAAAAGCAGCACGAAUUUAAGUUCAAGAUAAAAGAGAAACAAUGGAAUGAAAAUAUGAGAGAGGCAAUAUUCUAUGCCAUGCAAGGAGCUAAGAUUCAACCACCCAAAUUAGUGAUUGAUAAACACUCAUUUGAUACAACAGCAAGGGGCACUCUAUAUAACAGAACACUUCACAAAAUUCUGAAUGGUCAUAUUACAGAAGAAAUGGCAGAGUUAGGGGAAAACUUAUCCACAACUUUCUUGGGUCCUUUGGAUUCCUUCAUACCUGUUUUAUCUGACUCUGAAAGCCAGUUAAAAACAGUACAAUUAUCAAAAAGGAAAAUCAUACUGAAUCUCAAAUAUUUAGCUAUGAAGAAAAAGGAGAAACCAAUUUCACAAAUACUUAAGAUCAAUAGGCAGUUUAUCACAAAACACAGGAAAAAGCUUAGAUCCAAUUUUAAAAUCAAGAUGAAAGAGAUGCGGCAAGUUAAAAAUGUGGCUGAUAAAUUCCCAAAUACCAUUUAUUUCACAUUUGAUAUCUCUGACAUUAAAAAGCAAAGCAGAUUGGAAACAGAGAUAAACAGAGUAUCAAGGUUUAGUCCUAUACAACCGGCACAAAUGGAUUUGCCAGUUGAAGGGCUAGUGAUUUCACAAUCGCUUAAUGUCACAGGUCAUUCUGCUUUAAGCGUUAAUAAGGAACAAAAACAGAAGAUAGAUGUAGAGAGAGAGAAAAAUGUAUUGAAUGCAGACCUAAGAUUUAUACAUGCUUCUAUGCCUAUUCGACUACACAUAAAAAUGAGUCGUUUACCUAGUACCUGGGAUAUCAAUGAAGAAUGUUCUGAAAAGAGAAAUGUCCUAAACAAAGCAAAAGUUAGAGAGAAAGAAGAGUAUGAAAAACAGGUUUUAUUUGGAACAGUUCCACAGUAUACCCAGCCAUUUGAGUUUGGAGCAGAUCAAAUGAGAGAGCCAGGUUCUUUCAAAUCAGAAGCACCCUUAACUAAUACAGUGCUCCCGAAGGACAUCACUCCUCAGAAAACAGACACUGAUUUAAUAAAUCAAAAAGCAAAGACAGACGCUGUAGAAGAGUCUAGUCCAGAGUCUGUUUUUUUCUCUAAGAUACAUCCACUUCAAAUAGAAAAGCAGAAGAAAAAAUUUAAAACUGUAAACUGGAAAAAAAUAGCAAAUUCCAAUACUCUUGCCCUGCACAACAAACAGCAAGAACCACAUGUCUCAGUAACUAUCUGGCAUCCUGCUUACACCAACACACCUAUGUAUCCUAAAAUCAUAAAACAUAAGACUAAGGCAAAAGCAGCAAAUAUGAAAAACACCAUGCAUACUAAACAGGCAAAACUGAAGGCAAAGAAACCACUUGAUUUCCAGAUGCUUGAUACUAUAGGAUAUGGAACCCAAAGCAACAAAAAGGAACUGAGAUGUAAUAUUAAGAUACAGAAGGCGUUACAGCAAGGUAAAACUGCACCAGAUUUAGUUCUGAAUGAUGCUGAAUCUAUUUCAUCUCAAGUUAAAGGGGUUUUGGAAGUAAAAAAAGAGAAAGAGAAGCCAAGAAAGCUGAUACACAUUCCUCCACAGCCAAAGCUGAACAAAUCACUAAGAAGAAAAAUGUCAUCUUCACAGUCCACUAAUAAGAGUGUUAUAUCAAGAAAUAUUAAAACACUGAAACAAUAUAUUAGAGAGCAAAAAGAAAAACACCAAAUUGUUUUACUAGACAUUCUCUCACAAUGUAGAGAUCAGUUAGUGAUUAGCCAACAAGUGAAGAAGGAACCUGACCAUGUCAAAUUAGUAGCAGAUUUGGAAAGAGAAGUAUAUUGUGAUCUAUCUUCACAGGAGAGAGAAAUCAAUUAUACUAGGUUCGACAUCUCCCAAAGUGGAACCCAUACAGAAAUUAAAUUUCUUACUGCACCAAGAGUAAAGGAAGGAGACGUAGACGUUGUCGAAUGUUCAAGUUCAAAAGGACAGAAUACGCUUCUUACAGAGUUGGAUGCUUCUCAACAGAAGAUUUGCAAAGAGCAAGAACUGCUGAAACAAGGAAGUAUUGCAAUGACAAAUCCGGAGUCUAUUGCCCGCCCCAUUAUGGAAUCUCCUCACUUGGAAAACAUAGAAAAAGGAGUUGGGGAAGAUAUGUACAUUAACAGUAAAAAUAUUUCACAUCUUUUAAGAAGACAAGAAUUAAAAAAAACUGAUACCUUACAACAUUCAAAAGGACAGAAAUUUCUCCGUAUAAACCUAGAGGUCCAGAAAAAUAUGCCUGCAGUACACAAAGAGGUAAAACUAGAUCGCAUUUCUGAAAGUAUUCUGAAUCCUACAUCUUGCCCCAGUAGGGAACCUCUUCACAUGAAACAAGCAGUAAAUAUAACAAGGGAAGAAAAUGUUAGCAUCCCUAUAAGCUUAAAUGUAAAUCUAUGGAAAAAAGACCAAGUAAUGUUAACUAAUAGUCCAUUAAAAUCAGAUAUACAGAAAAUGAACUUUUCAGAAAAAAGGAAAGCAAAGCAACUAAAAAGUUCUAUCCAGAAUAAAGAAAAUAUUCUGGAAUCCAUUUCCUCUUGCAUAUUGCAUCAUCUCCAUAUUGAAAAGCUAAAGAAGGAAGUUUCAAGGAAAGGAAUGAGUUCAAUAGUUUUGAGUCCAAUGGUAGAGAAAUCAUCAAACGAAGCAGAUAUUCCAGUGGACAAACUUCUGUGCUCAGAAGGAAUUGAUUUGAAUAUUAAAGGAAGAAAAAAACAUCAACAAGAAAGUAUAUGCAAGGUUCUUCCAAAAUCUGUUCCUCGUUCUUCAAUAGAUAUAUUUCAGAUUAAACCUCCAAGGGUAAAGAAAGCAUUAAAGUCAGAAGAUAGGUCAGGAUAUAUUUCAAAUGCAGAAGUAAUUGGCUCACUUAUUGGAAGAAAAGGAGAACAGCAAGAAAAACAUACAUGUGAGGCUCUUCCAAAGCCUGCGUCCCACCCUAAAACAGGUCUACUUCAAAUUAACACCUCAGUGCAACAAAUGCAAUUAGAUGACACAAAUAUGGUGCAUUCUGAGUAUUUAACUUCACAAGCUAAAGAAGCAUCAAAAGUAAUGGGUGUCAUAGUUGGAUAUACUCGCAAAAGCGAAAAAAAACAAAACUUACUCAGUAUAGAACAGAAACAGCAGCACCUGUUGACCCCCUGUGAGAAUUUCAUGGGGCAUAUUUCUUACUCUCAAAAUGAUCCCCGGCUUCUACAACAUUUAAUACCUCAGACAAAGGAAGCAUUAUCAGAAGUAGGUAAUGUGUCAAGCAGGACAAAAGGAUCAGACUUGUUUCCUAAGGACCAAACAAAUAUUGUAUCUGCAUAUGGACUGGAAUGCAUUGUACCCUCAAUUCCUUCAAGGCAAAUGAAAAAACAAAAUACAAUGCUGCCUUUAGACUCGUGCAGUAAAACUACAAAAUAUCUGAAUGUUUCAUUUCCAAAGGAAAAGAAAUCAUCAAAUAGGGCACAGGUAAUUGAUUCAAUAUCUAAUGGUAGCUCUCCCAAGCUAAGAAUUAGAAAGAAGGUGCAAUCAUGUAAGAAAUAUCCAAAAAAUGUGCAAAAAGAAGUAUGCUCACCUGAAAUAUUUUUACGUUCUCUUUCUAUCUUUAUGCCUGUUUUGCCUGAAAGUAAAAUACAGAAGGAUAGCUUAAAACAAAGAGGUAAGAAAGGCAUCAUAUGCUCCAAAAGAACUUUGAAGUUGAAAAAAUUAGUAUUUCCAAAUACACACAAUAUCACUGACUAUGGCAACAGAGAAGGAAUGCAGUGGAACAUGAAAGAGAAAAUGGUAACUAUGAAACAAAGAAAGGGUAAACCUGAUUUGGUUAUGGCAAAUAUAUAUGAGUUUAUUCCUGCUUCACCUUACCUCCAAUUGAAUAAGGAGACAAUUGAUGGAAUAAUCUCAAGCAAUUUAAAAAGAACAAAACAUAUAUCGCAGAAAAAGGAGAAGGAUAGAAUAAAAGAAAUCAAUAUGAAAGGAAGAAUGGAUCCCAAUGUGAUUUUGAAGGCAAAGAAAUCAUCACUGUCAAAAGUACCGAAUAAAAAGGAAAUACCUGGGCAAAUAAAACAAGAGAGCAAGGUGCAAAUGGGUAAAAGUAAACCAGAUGUGAAACUGACAAACUUGUGUACUUCCUUACCAUCUCUGUCAUAUUCUAAUUUGAAUUCAAGAAUAAAAGUGGGAAAAGAUAAAUCAGGAAUACCAAGGAGCUGUUUUUUACCACCAAAGCUCCGGGCAUCAUCAAAUGUCAGGAAAACAUCAUUUUCAGAGUCAUUUAAUAGAUAUAGUUUAAGCAAUGUAAUAGAACCAAAACAUUUGCCACAGAAAAGGAGGGAAAACAGAAAAAAUAUAGUAUACGUGAAAGACAUAAUGGACCUCGAAUGUAUCAUUUUUAAAGGAAAGAAGAUACCUUUUAAACACAUAUUGCAUGGAAAAGAACCACACUGGCACAAUAAAAGACAAGAAAAAAUGGUGCAGGAAGAUAAAGGUGAUCUAGAUGUAGUUCAGAAUAAACCCCAUGCCUCUAUUCCUUCUUCACCUAACCUGGAAUGGGGUCCUGGAAUAAAAGAAGUAUACAUGCAAGGAAUAACAAGAUUCUGUUUUCCGUCAUUAACACUCCAGGAAUUAUCAGAUGCAAUGGGAAUAUGCAAGGAACCAUGUGAUGAUAUUUUAAGCAGUAUUAAAAAUGCCAAAUAUAUGUCCCAGAAAGAUGAAGAUAGAAUGAAAAUGGCUUUGGAAGAAAUAAAUCAUUCUGAAAGAAUAACUUUGAAGGUGAAGCAGUCUCCAGUUGCACAGGAAUUACAGUUGAACAUCGAAGAAAAAGAGAAAAAGAUGCAGGAAGAUAAAGAUAAACAAGCUGGGAUUCCGAGCGAAUUUUGUGCUUCCAUCUAUUUUCCACCAUACCCUCAAGUAGACACAAGAAUAAAAAGAGAAGCUGCUAUGUUUAAAAAAACAAGAUGCUCUUUUCUACAACCAAAAGUUCAGGGGUCAUCAGAUAUAGGAAAAAUGGCACAUAAAAAAUCUAUUUAUGGUGAUAUUUCAAAUGGUGUAAAUAUAGACAAAGAACAUAUGAUGCAGGAAAAAGAUGAGAGAAUAAAAAUGGCAAAAGUUAUAUCUUUGAAGGAAAAGAAAUCACCAAAUUCACAGGAAAUCCAGUGGGACAGCAGAGAUCAACAGAAAAAGACUCAAAAAAUUAAAUGUAAAUCAGGUGUGGUUCUGAUCAAUACCAGCACUUCCAUACCUGAUGCUUCUCAUUUAAAAUUGGAUAAAAAGAUAAAAAAAGUAGACUAUGUAACUGAAGUAACAAGAUACCCUCUUCCAGAACUGUCCCACCAGAAAUCAUCAGAUGCAGUGAAAAAAGCAAAGACAGAGUCCACUAACGGUGAUAUCACAAGUGAUGUACAAGAAGCAAAAGAAUGCAUGCUGCAGAAAGAAGAGAGUGUAAAGAUAUCAGCCAAGAAAGACAUAAUGCAUCCAAAAGAUAAAGAAUUGAAAGGAAAAAAAGCACUUUCACAGGGCAGGCUACUGAAUCUUAAAGAGCAGGGGAAAGUGGAUCGAGAAGGUGAAGAGCAAAGGAAAAUGGAUGCAGAAGGUAAAGAAGAGGGGAAAAGGGAUGGAGAAGUUAAAGGUGAGCAGGAAGUAGUUCUACCUACACAUUGGGUUUCUGAAUCUUCUCUAACUCAUCAUGAAUUGGACACAAGAAUAGAAGGAGAGGAAGACAUUCAAGGAAUAACAAGAUCUGCCAUUUCACAACUACAGCUACAGAAAUCAGUUGAUAAAGGGAAAGUAGCAUAUACAAAGUCAGUUGGGGAUGACAUGACAAAUAAUGUGAAAACAGGACAAGACUAUGAGCCACAGAACAGAAAGGAUGGAGGAAAAACAGUAAAUAUGAAACACAUAAUAUACCCCAAAGGUACAACUUCCAAGGCAAAGACAUUACCACUUCCACAUGUACUCAGUACCCCUAGGGGUUGUGCCCCCCAAAUUAGAGUACAGACAAACAUAAAAGCAAAAUCGAGACACAUACAGGAAAGAAAAAGUGAACUAGAUGAGGUUCUGACAAGACCUUCACUCCCUCAAUUUAAAUUAAAUGAAGGUAUAGAAGGAAAGGAAGAAAAACAAGAAGUAAAAAGAUCAUUUCUUUCACCCUUAUGGCACAGGGAAUCAGCAGAUGCAGACAAAUUAAAAUAUACACUGUCACCUUCGAAUGAUAUCUCAAGCGAUCCAAAAAGAACAAAGUAUGUGCCACAGAAAGAAGAGGCUAAAGCACAUAUUUUUAAGAAAGACAUACUAACUCCCAUGUCAGCACAACCACCCCUUUUCCAAAGUAUACUCAAAACAAAAGAUCUGCAAAUGAAAAUCAAAGAGCAAGUGAAAAGGAUGCAGAAAGAUAACAAAGAGACAAUCGUGCUUCUGAGCAAAGUUUGUCCUUUUGUUACUUCUUUAACUAAUCUUAAGUUGGACACAAUAGAGGAAGAGGAAUGUGAACCAGGAAUAAUAAAAAAUUAUGUGCCAUAUAGUGAGCUCCAACAAUCGUUGCCUUCGGAGCGAAUAGCCUUUGCAAAGUUAAUUGAUAGCCAUGUAGAGAAAGGACAUCUACCACAGAAAGAAAAGGACCAAGUACAAAACAAAACCAAAGUAGACAAAGACUUGCUUGUAAUUACACAAUUCUCUCCAUCACAAUUACAGCUCCCUGAAUCAUCAGGUGCAGGGAAAAUCAAAUAUGCAGAUUCCAAUAAAGGUAUUAUCUCAUGUAAUGUAAUAAUAAAAGCUAAUCAAUGUAUGUCACAUAAAGAGGCAAUGAAUAGAGUAAUAGAAGGUGAGAAAGGUAGAAUAUUUUCCAAACUAACUUCAAAAGCAGAGACAUUCUCAUUUACACACCUACUCAGUAGAAAGCGACAUUUGAAUAUUAAAGAGCAAGUGAAAGAUGUGCAGAAAAAAGGUAAGCCAGAAAUGUUUCCGAGGAAAUCUUAUGUUUCCUUACCUUUUCCAUCUCACCUGAAACAGGACACUGGAAUGGAAAAAAAGGAAGACACACUAGGAAUAACACAAUUCUAUUUUCCACUAUUAAAGAGUCAGGAUCCAUCUAAUUCAGGCAAAAAAGCAUAUACUAAGUCAUUUGAUGGUUAUAUGUUAAAAGAAGAUGAUAGAUUCAAAAUAGAUAUUGAAGACAAAAUGUUCCCAACAUCUAUGGAUCUGAAGGCAAAGAAAUUACCACAUAUACUCAAUACCAAAGACUUGAAGUGUAAAAGGAAAGAGCAAAGAAGAAAGGUACAGGAAGAUAAAGAUAAACUAGUUAUGAAUGUGAAAAACAUUUGUAUUUCUUUACUUACUCUACCAUAUCUUAAAUUUGAUACAGCAGAACGAGAGGGGUACAUGAUAAGAAUUACAAAAUUGCCUCUUCCACAAUUGCAGUCCAAGGAAUCAUCAGAUGCAGUGAAAAUAGCAUAUACGGAAACAAUUGAUGGAAACCUUUGCAAUGAUGUAAAAGAAUUAAAAGAACAUAAGCUACAGAAAGAAGAAAAAGACAGAGAGAAAAACCUGGAUGUGAAGGGUAUAGUGGAUCCCAAUGAUACGUAUUUAAAUGCAAAGAAGUCACCUGUUUUACUUAAAUACAAUCUGUGUAAACUUCAGUGGGAAACUAAAGAGCAAGAGGGAAAAGUUCAGGAAGUUACUUGUGAGCCAGCUAGUACAAUGCCAUCUAAGACUUGUACUUCUAGGCCUUCUCCACUUCACCUUAACAUGAAUAUCAGGAUCAAGGAAAAGAGCACGCUGACAUUAACGAGAUCUGUUUCCCCAGUAAACUUCCAUAAAUUAUCAUAUUCUGAGGAAGUGGUAAAUGUGGGACCAAUUAUGAGUGAUCAUUUGAUCAGUUCACAAGAAGAAAAACAAUGUAUGCCACAGAACAAGGAAGAGGAUGGAGUGCAGGCAAAAAACCUCAUGUUUUCCAAACUUCAAGAAAAGAAGAUUCAGGAAAGUAAAGAUGAACCAGGUAUGCUUCUCACCCAGUCUUCUACUUCAUUACCAUCUCGCCCUAACCUCAAAUUGGAUAAAGAAAUACAAGUAGAUGAUGAAAUGCUAGUACUUAAAAGAUCUGUCUUGCAGAGAAUAUCAACUGCAGAGGAAAUAGUACAUAAUGAGACAAUUUCUGGUGAUACCAUGAAAGAUGUUCAAAACAAGAAAAAACAUAUGCCUCAGAAAGAAGAGAGGGAUACAAAAGAAACUGUAGCUAUGAAAGGUAUGAAGCAUACCACUGAUGGAAAUUUGAAGUCAAAGAAAUCACCUCCUCCAUACACACUUCAUAGCCCAGAAUUGAAUCUGAAUAUUGGAAGGCAAGAACAGAAGAAACAUGAAGGUCCAAGUAAACCACCCAGUGUGGUGCUAAGAAAAGUUUAUGUUUCCAAACCUCCUCCAACUAACCUUGACUUGGAUAAAAGUACACAAGUAGAUGAAGAAGAGCUUGGAAUUAAGAGACCCUGUCUACUUCCACUAAUGCUUUCAGCAUUAUCAAAUGCAGAGAAGACAGAAGAUACAGAGGCAACUAGUGGCAAUGUAAGAAACAGAGAACGACAUGUAUCGCAGAAAGGAGAAAUGUAUGAAGUGAGAACAGUAGAUAUGAGGAUCAGGAUACAACAGAAAGAGGCAAGGAUUCCACCAAUUUCACAUAUCUUUAAUACAAAAAAAAUUGUGUUGAAUAUUAAAGAGCUGAAGGAAAAAGUGCCCAAAGGUAAAGAUGAACCAUGCAUGGUUCUGACAAGGACUUUUCUUUCCAUUCCAUCAGCAUCUUCCCUUUAUCUAAAUUCAGGAGGCAAAACAGACAAAGAUGCACCAAGAAUUACAGGAUCCUCUUUUCCACAGAAAAAUGUCCAGGAAUCAACAGAUACCCAGAAGACAGCAAUUAGAGAGUCAAUUUCUUGUAAUAGUAAAAGUGUUAAAAAGAAAACACAGUUUUUGCCACGAGAAGAGGCAGUGCACCAGUGGCCCUCAAAGUUCAUGAUUAGUGUACAGCGAAGGAAUGAAAUUCCUCGAGUCAAAUCUGAAGGAGAUUUGAGUCAGUUAAUUAUAAAUUCACAGCAUGAGGACAUUUAUUUCACAGGAUUUGGCACUCUAAGAAGUAGAAAAGGGCUGAAAUGUUUCUUUACGGGGCUAGAGGCUCAGCCAGAAAAGUAUAAAACAGAAACUUGCACUACAUUUAUUUCCUACCCCAAAAUGGAUCCAAUGAAAAUUGAAAAUCUGAAGAAAGAAACUAAAAUAAUGGAUAACUUAAACCACAAAAUAUGUCCUCAGGCUUUAGUUCCACUGACAAAGAAAAUAUCCAAGGAAAUAUUUGUCACAUUUGGCACCCCUGUAAGUUCAAAAAGACUUUCUGUUUCAGAGGGAGAUGACCACCAAACUUUAUUAAAAGCAUCUCUAGGAUCUGCAGAUUCAUGUAAAUUUGAUAAGCCAAAGAAAGAUGUACACGGUAAUGAUAAAAGAAGCAAAAUGUUCUCUUCCAAAAUGUUAGCACCAGAGAUAAAGGGAUCACUUAAGAAAAUGAAUAUCACAGAGUCAAAUACCCACCCAAAUAGAGAAAAACAAGAAACUGUCAUGAAAAAGCAAGUGGCACAGUGGGCUGAGAGUGGACACAAGACCAGGCUAAACUCUAGCCCUUCUCAUAAGUUUCCACUUCAAAAUGGAAAGCAGAAGACCUCACUGGGAAAAGGUACACACAAGCAAACUACAGGGUACCCCAGAAUGCAAAUACAAUCAGGAAUAUAUAUGGAUGUUACAGAGUUUGAUACAAUAAGAAGGAAAAAAGAGCAGGCAUUGCUUAUUCCAGAACAAGAGAAAGGCAUUCUAGAAUCGCUUCAGAAGUCUCCUUCCCCCUGCUGGACUUUUUCACUUAAAUCGGGAGAUCUGAAGGAAACAUAUGAAAUGGACACAAGAACGACUAUAAAUAUGAAGCAAAAAGAAUUAGAAAUGGAAGAUGAGAAAUUAAAAAUAGACACAAACAUAGCUAUCCUUCUGAAAGAGGAUGAAGUAGAAAUGCAGAAACACACCAUUGUCAAUCUGGAGAGGGAGAAAAUAAAAAUGCACACAAGCACUCCAGUAAACCUGAAUGUUUCCUCUUUAAAAGCAGAGGAAUCUCAUAUUAAGACUCAGGUAAUCACUCAUACAGCAAACAGCUGUCCAAUCAAGCAAAAAUAUAAAAAGAAACAAGAAAUGUCUGGUACAAAACAAAACAUUCAACCACAAAAAUCGUUUCAAAAACAUGUUCUAGAUUCAUUUUAUGCCUAUAUUCCUCUUUAUCACAAAUUUGAAGGCCAGAAAGGCAGAUUAACAAUAGCAGAUUUGAAAAGAGAAUUGAGCCCCCAAACUUUAACUAUGAAAAUCCCAAAGCAUCCAAUUUUACAGAUUCUUGGCAACACAGGACGUGGUACUCCAAGCAAUAGAAAGAAAUUAGAGUAUGGCUUUAACAAACCAAAGAAAAUGGCUUUGAGGAGUAAAGGUACCUCAGGAAUAUUUAUCAGAAGUCUUACUGUUUCUGUAAUGAGUCCAUCUCAUACAGAAGAAACAACAGAAUCUGAGAAAAACCUAGAAAGAGAAAAGAGAACCUGUCUUUCUAAGUCCCAGGAGAAAUCACCAAAUGUGAGUAAAAUUGUUAAGAGGAACAACUCAAAGAAUGUAAAAAAGCGGGACCAGAAUUUUACAAAGAUAGUUCCAGAAGAUUCCCAGCCCUUUAUGGUGGACCAACAGCAAAUGCAAAAACUUCCUAAUGUCAAAUCAGAAGCAAGCCUCAGCAGUGAAAUACAUAAAAAUAAUUUAACUCCACAAACAGAAGAAAGGGUUGUUCCAGGGCAUGAUAUCUUAAAGACCAUAAAAGAACCUGACUUGCUUAUGAUUGGACAGGAAGAAAAGGCACCAAAAUCCAUCCUGACACCCACAGAGUAUCCAUGCAUGUCUGAAGAUCCAAAGGAAAAUCAGAGGGAUCAUGGUGAUCUUGUACAGGACACAACCACACAAAAGGACCAGCAACAAAACACUUUCCCAGAAACUGUACCCAUACCGCUCCAAAUUAAAAGUAAUGAAAUAAAAAUCGUGGCAGAUAGUACAAGUGCAGAAAGUUUACUUCCACUUUAUGAAGCAAUUAAAAAUGUUUUUGAAUCCCAGAUACAAAAUAUGAUCCAAGACAAAGUUUAUGCUGAUAUACUGGAAAAACUGAAAGCCCAUAAACCUGAUGUUUGGAAGUUACCACCUUUUGCAGGGGGGCCACAUCCAACAUCUCCAAUAACACAUCCUAAAUUGCAUCCAAAAUCCAUUUUGGAAUGUUUUACUCCCAAAUUAAAAAAUAAGCUGACUAAUCAUUUAGAGUCAAAAGCACUUGAAAUAAAACUGAAUCUGAUACCAGAGACGGCAAAACAAUCCUUCCAAAAGUUCAACUUUUCGACAAAACAGGCUAUUGUGGAAGAUAACAGUUGGAGGCUCUAUCCAAGACAUAAAAAAAUGUACUUUAUGUCUCUGGAAGGGAUUGAUACUAUCACCCUUAACUUAAAACACAAAUACCAAAAAGAUUCACCGUAUAUCAGCUGUAUGAAGACACUGACUGUUAAUGUUUCAAGUGGCAGCAAGGAGAUCAUUACAAAGUUGAAGAGUAUUAAUAAGCUAGAAAGUGGAACAUCUUUCCUGACUUCUGCUAAUGAAAUGUCGUCGCCUCAUAUUCUGCAAAACUACUCAGUAGAAGAAAAAGACAAACUUCUCGUACACUUUUCGAUAAAAACGUUGGAGAUUCAAAUGAAAGUCUUCCCCAGAAUUGUAAUGGAAUCUUAUGAAAUGGCAGAUGCUCAAGAGAGAAGGAAACCUUCACCUAAAUGCAUUCAUUCUUGUGUUGACGUACCAAAACCAAAAAACAGAAUUCUAUUACUUUUUGAGGAAAAAUCUCUUCAUCAAAUACAUCUUGAUUUACAAUACAAAUGCCUUCGUUUUCUCCUGGGGCUUCCGGUCGAAAGUAUGUUCCCUAAACCAAAUACACUUCCCAAACAUAUUCUUAAAUUAAACACAGUUGCAAUAUGUAAAAAAGUAGAUAAUAGUGGAGAAAGUGGUAGUCUUUCCAUUGAUACAGAGCCGUUAGAAAAACAUAUCUCUUUCAAAAAGCAAAGUCCCCAUGAAAACUCAUCAUGGUUCAAACAAUUCCUGGAGCCAACUCAUGGGUGUGCUCCUGACCUUGAACAAGGUGGAACAAAAAAAGAAGAUACUACAGUUCUUUCAGUGUUAAAAUCUUAUGAGACUGCAGAAAAAGAAAAACAAUAUCAUGUAUCUUUUCAAGAAACAAAUACACAUGAAUCUUUUGAUUUAAAGACUCAAGAAAAUGCUCCCAGUUUAGUUGAUUCUCAUUCAAUUCAGAUUUCUGAAGAUUUUACUGAUAGUCAGAUAUAUACUGAGAGUUCGACUAACUUGGAAGAAUUCUCAGCUCUUGAAGUACAUGAGAGUGAAGAAUGUAUGUUUUUACAAGCCAACCCUUUAAUUCAGGAAUCACAAAACAUUCUGUUUGAAUUACAGAAAGGCAUUCCUUUGAUGAAAAAAAUCAAAACUGAUUUGAAAUCAUUUUACGGUGAAGAUUCAGGUUCCCAUCAUAGUAGAGACUGUAGAAAACAUUCCUCAAUUGUGACACCACCUUUCUACAAAUCCCACAAAAGCAAGAAAUAUAGAUCAUCCUCUAAAAUGCCAUCUCCUGAUUGGUUGUGUCACAGAUCACUAAGCACUAUUGAAGUUCCGUUUGCAUCAUCUUCUGUUUCAUUCAGUGAAGAGACGCUUUCAUGGAUUACAAAAAACAAAACAAAUUACUCUUUAGCUCCCUUAACGGAAUCAAAUAUUAAAUUACAUCUUGCAAAAACCCAAAGUGAAUUUUACGGUCAGCCAGAAACCAAAGAAAGAAAGAAAGCCAAAUUUGACUUAUUUAAAAAGAGUGUUCAUUGGGACUGUGAUUACAAUUACACACAGAGUAAAGAAAAACUCACAAGAAAGAAGAAAGGGUGUGAUUAUGAGUCAGAAAGAGCAGAUUAUUUCCCAAGCAAACGUAAGUUGGCAUCAAAACCUCAUCAAGAGGAUAUCAACUUCCAUCCUGAAAGAAAACAAAACCAGCCAUUUUUUUAUGCCUGUAUACCAGCAGACUCACUGGAGAUGAUACCCAAAACCAUUCGCUGGACUAUUCCCCAAAAAACUUUAAGGAAGAGAAAUUUCAGAGUCCCCCUAGUGGCAAAGAUUUCAAGUUCUUGCAACAUAUGGAGUUCGUCCAGAAAGUUGUUGGGGUCGAUCUUAGAGUCCUUCAACCCGUCCUCAUCCCUGACCUGGAGCGGAGCCCACAGCAGCGGCCUGUACCGGAUCGCCAUCUGCCAUCACCAGAGCAUCACGUUGCUUUGGGACCUCACUUUAGAGCAUCUAUCACUGAUCAGGGACAUCUUUCAGGAAGGGCAGGAAGCCAUCCUGCAGUGCUGCCAAGUGAAAGGAUACCGCUUCCAAGUGUACCUGCAUUACCUGCCCUACUACCACCUGCACAUGUACUUCACUGCCCUGGGCUUCAAGGCCCCUGUCUUGGAAGUAGAGCGGGCUCACCUGUUGACAGAGGUGAUUGUGAAUGUGGAGUGUAAUCUGGAGCACUACCAGCAGUUUACCCUCACCUUUGCCCUCAGGGCUGAUGCCCUUCUGCUGCCCACUAUUGGAAGAAUAACCCAGAAGUGUGGGAUUGGAGGUGAGGGUAAAGAGGUGGAAACUGAGGUUCGAAGGUUCAAUAAAUUUCCCAAAGUCACCAAGCAACAGCAGAGCAACAAUAAUUCCAGGACUAAUUUUGCUCCACCACUGAGUGAAGAUCCUUUUGAAUCCUUGCCAAUGACCAUCAAAUUAAGUUUUUCACUCUUGCCGAUGGAACUGUGCACUAUUACCAGCUCUGUGUGA